AUGGGCCCGCCUAGAGUAUUCGUCAGGCCAGGCUUGCAGCCGCAACCAGUGAGUCCGUCAAGCCCAGGGAGCACCGCAGGGGCUCAGCUGCCGGGGGCCGUGCCAACCCCGGUUCUGCCAAUCCAGAAGAGCUUUCAAGGGGCUUUCAUGCAGCAGUGUGCACAAGCACAGCUGCAGCAUCAGCACUUCACCCCAUCGGUGUACAAGCGCCUGCCUAGUUCGCCACAAGAGUCCAGAUCGUUGGAAGCUUCCUCUUCUGGAGAAAGCAUGCCCGAGUCUCCCGCGGUGAGGCCUACUGGGACACAAGAGGCUAGGUCUACAAUUAUCGUUGAGUACCACCGCGUCUCCUAUGAGUCGCAGUACAUGUACCACAGGACCGUGAACUGCGGCGAGUUUUUCAAUGAGAAUCUUGACAGACACAAGGACAACUUCAAGCUCGGAGUGACCAGUGCCCAUUGCCAACGUUUUUGGAGUGACAUCCUAGCGCAUGUGGAGCAUGAGAUGAGUCGCAGAGAGCAAGUCGAAGCUUCGCAGAAGAAGUAUCAAACCGGUGCUCUCCAGAUUUGGCGCAAGGUGGAGAGAAAAGGAGAGCUAGGUGGACAUACGAUCACAUCUACGGAGUGGGAGUUUGUGGACGUUGAGCCCAUCGAAGUACCGCAUCAGUGGCGGCAGAACCUGGGAGAGCGGGCACGCCGGCACAUGGUGGGCGCUUUGGGACUGCCGGCGAAUGAGAUUACAACCUCUACUGAGUCGUGUGUCUGGAGGGCAGUCACACACGUACCACGUCUUAGUGAUCCUGUUGCAAAUGUUUCGAUAGAAGAGCUGCGUGCUCGCUUGACUGGGCUAGAAACGGAUCUGCAAGCGUUGAUUGCUGCGCUGCGCCCUGUUUUGUCUAACAUGCCUGCCACGCAGCCCUGCCCUGUACAGCUGUGGUGA